AUGCCGCCUCCUAGGACGAAAGCGGAGGUUCAAUCCCAGAAGCAAAAGGAAAAGCUUGCCCAAUCCUACCAUGAAUUACUGGAGGAAUUCUCGUCGAAAGAUCUUCGAACUGUGGGCAACUACACACUCGGAAGAUUGAUUGGAAAAGGUUCUUUUGGCAAGGUCUACCUUGCCUCGCACAAGCUCACCAAUGGCUCCAAAGUCGUGCUUAAAUCAUCAGACAAGGAGGAUACGAACCUUGCGCGCGAGAUCCAUCACCAUCGCCAAUUUCUUCACCCCCAUAUCACUCGUCUCUAUGAAGUCAUCGUGACGGAAAAGCUGGUCUGGCUGGUUCUUGAAUACUGUCCGGGCGAUGAGCUCUACAAUUACCUCCUCCGCCAUGGUCCGCUCCCUGUGGAUAAAGUCAAAAAGAUAUUUACACAACUUGUCGGUGCGGUUGCUUAUGUUCACAGCAAGUCUUGCGUCCAUCGGGAUUUGAAGUUGGAAAACAUUCUUCUUGACAAGCAUGAGAAUGUUAAGCUAUGCGACUUUGGAUUCACUCGAGAAUACGAAGGCAAAGCGAGUUACCUGCAAACGUUCUGUGGCACUAUUUGCUACAGUGCGCCCGAGAUGUUAAAGGGCGAAAAGUACGCCGGGGAAAAAGUAGAUGUGUGGAGCCUGGGCAUCAUCUUGUACGCCCUGCUUGCCGGAGAGCUUCCUUUCGACGAGGAUGACGACCUUGUUACCAAAUCGCGGAUCCUUAAGGAGGAGCCUGUAUUCAACGACAAGUUCCCUGACGACGCAAAGGCCCUAAUCACCCUGCUUUUAUCGAAGCGACCUCUGAUCCGGCCUAGUCUCGGCGAGAUUUUGGCUCACCCAUUCCUUGCAGAGCACGUGUCCGAGCAACUCGCGAUUUUGAAAAUUCCCCGACCCCCAGCGUUCUCGACAUCGUUAGAGAGAACCACCCUGCAGCGAAUGAAAAGUGCAGGCGUCAACAUCGAUGAGGUGGUAGAGAGUGUUCUCGCACAGCGCUGCGACCCUCUUGCGGGUUGGUGGGCGCUGCUGAUUGAAAAAGAGCAGCGUAAGGAGCAGAAACGAGAGCGCAAACGACGCGAAAGAGAGGUUGAAGCGAAGAAUAUUCGUCGAUUGAGUGCAGCAAGCAGUCGCCUAGAAAAGAGGUCCUCCGCGUUAGUUGAGGUCGAUGAAGAAGGGCAUGCUUCUGCCAACGUGCCUCUACAGGAACGGGGAAGGAGAGACCGACGCAGUCUUCCUUCGCAGCUCGCCGUCCCGGAGUUGCCAAUCUUGCCAGAACCGAUCCCUGUACAGUCGACUGAUUCCAGUACCCCUCCGCCUCCCCCCGUGGACAAGGAUUCAGCUCGAUCUGUCAGCUCUACGCGGCGGCGCCCUUUACCACCGCCCAAGGAUAGAAGGCGUUCGAGGCCAAGCACGUUGCACGUUAGCGCCUCACAGCCCGAGCUAGCACAGCACAAUGGGAUUUUCAGGCGCCGUACUGGCCGCCGUCAGUAUCCCAUCAUCAGCCAACUGGCUUCGUUGAAGCAUUGGUUCGUGGAGUCUGCCAAGCGAGCCAAGUCCCCCCAUGGCAAAGGUGCUGGUGGUCCGGGGUCCCAUCGCAAGUUUUUGUCUGAGAAACUGAGUCCUGCCAAAGGGCAGGAAGCCGGGAGAAAGACCAUGCCGACAUCGUCGUCCACCGCUCAUCCGGGCGACUUGUCAACGCCGACGCAAGCGAAACGUGCAUCCACCGCGAGUAGUCUCGCUCCAAGCAGCGCAUCAUAUCGCAACCAUCGUCAUUCCUAUCCUCGCCAACCUCGUCCUCUCAGUACCAGUAACCCUCACCAUCGCAAUUCACUGUCACCAUCUCCGAUCACACCUCGUGGCUCCUACAGGCGGUCUUCUGCCGGUCUACGGGGCCGCAAAUCGACAUCUUCUUCCAUCUCUUCGAUUCGGAGUAUUCAUCAUACCCAUACCCACUCGAAAGCAUCGUCGGUCUCGUCGAACAGCAUUGGAUCCGCCUCCACUCCGACGGCUCGGAUCUCAAAGUCCCCUCACUCUUCAGUCAAAGUGCUUCCCACCACUCCCGGGUCGUCUUCUCGCUUCCCUAGCAACAUCCGCUUGGUGAGAGGCUCGAACAACGGGUAUCGUGAAAUGAACGAACCCAAUGGACGAGUGAACUCGAUGUUCAACGAGGCAGCUCCAACACCCCUGCUGUACUCGCCAUCUUCCAGCCUUGUCUUUGCCCGGCGGAAGAAGUCGGCCUUCAAAGGUCCAAUGUCUCACACAGCCAAUCUGAUGGUCUCGAGCGGUAUCGCUGCUCCGGAAUUUCCACACGAUGGCAUUGCGGUGGCUGCGGGUGCAGCUCGGCCCGCGGCGAGGAAAAGCCAGAUCAUCGAAGAGGAGGAAGAUAUGGAGGACGAUGACGAUUUUGAAGAAGUCGACGCAUUCACCGGGACCGAGGAUGAACCCGGAUCACCCAUUGAUGUGGUCAGCUCGGAUGAUAAUCUGAAGACAGUGAGUCUUACUGGUUCUCCCGGGAGAAACUGCAAACCGGCCCUUGCUCCUGCUCCUGAUCUUGACACGAGUCCUCUGCGCCCUCCCCGUUCGUCGUCGCUUAAAGCAACUUCCGACCGAAGCCAGUACGGAGCCAAGGACAGCAGUAUGGCCGCUGACGUCUCUCCGAGAUCGGUGAUCUCCAACAAGACGAGGCAGGCCUGA